AUGGCGCACGACGGGUCCUCGGACGACGAGUCGGCCUUCCUGGAUGCGCAAGAGACCCACGAAGACGACGGCACGCUCGCGGUGCCCAAGACCUCAGUGGAAGAGGAGUUAUCGCCCAGUUCGUCCUCUGCGUCGCCCCUCAAGCCCAGUUCCCCCGCUGUAGUCGGCCAUACCAAGGCCGUAUCAGCCGCUGCAGCUCCUAUAUCACUCUCAAUCAAUGGACAAGACGCGGGCGGUUCUAAUGAGGCCCUGCGCGGCUUCUGGGACGCCCGGAGACGCACGCAAUCGGCCGGGAACUUGCAGCCAGGUUUAUCGCCUAUUGGCCCUAAUCCCGUGGCCUUCCUGGCCAGCCCCGCCCACUCAGAGUCCGCCCUGAGGGUGCACAACGAGAAGGGGGGCGUGGCGCCCCCUCCUCCGCCCAUAGCGGUGAGAGGGGCGACAGAUACGAAACCUAACGGGUUUAUGGCUAUUGGAGGGAGUUUGCUGGCCGGGAUGGCGGACUUUGCAGGGAUCAAGUCCCCCAGAGGGCCCGUGCAGAAGGUUCUGGUGGAGUACCCGACCCCAGGCCCGUUGUUCGUGGAUUUAUUCUCCAAAGACGACGGUACAGGCGCUAAAGUUAAGGGAUUUAGGCGCAAACCCGAUGGAUCCAUGGCAGACGCUGAAGCUUCUGGACGGGUGUUUGCUGGGGACAUUCUGGUGGCGAUUAACGACGUGGACGUGACCAAGAUGGUGUUUGCAGACAUUAUUACGACAGCUAAGGAGGCGACGUUCCCGUUGACGCUGACGUUCCACAGCUACCAGUCGAACAAGGAGGAGGCGGAGAAGCUGAGCCAGCAGAAGCAGAUGCCGUCAAUGGAGAGGAAACACUCGAGCGGACCGCUGCCCCCGAUAUCCCCGUCUAGCAGUGGAGGGUGGAGUGCCAGGCUCAGUCAGAUGACGAGGUCCGGCUCGUUCGACCAGAAGACCAGUGGAGCGGAUCUAGGUGCUGGCACUACACCACCCAAGUCGCCAUCUUCGGGUGAGGCAAACACGGGCAAGUUUGGGAUUUCGCUGGGCAAGGUGCGAAAUACGGGGACAGACGGCGUCAAGAGCUUGUUCCGGAUCAUGGGCAACAAGCCGUCGCGGCCUGAGGAAGACAGGAAUGUGGUGAAGGGAUGGAUGAACGAUCUGGCUUUGAAACCACACAGCAGCGUCUCCUCGGGUGGACGUCAUCGGAAGACUCCAGCGAAUACGAACGCGGAUGUGCUCCAUUCGACCCCGAUUGUGGCUGUGACGACUGGAGGCCGCUUUGUUGGCGUGUUGGAUGAGGAUAUUCACGAGUUCGCGAUGACGUGGUUUCGUAAGACGCCGCCGGAGAUGGAGAUUCGACCGAUUAAAGGAGUGAAGCGCUGCCCGUAUUUCGCCUCAGUGGACGACGUAGGCGCUGUACUAUCACUGCAGUGCGAAUCGCUUCGCUUCCCGCAGUUUAAGCGAGUGGUGGAGAUGCCUCGGCCUCUGGUACUUGAUCCGGCUGUGGGGAAUAUGGUGGAUGUGCUCCUGGAGGCCGGGGCGGGGUCAUUCUCAGCCACGCUGGCGAGUAACGAGCACGACAGCUUUCAGGUGAAGAUAUCGGCGGAGUCUGUUAGUCUGGUCAAGAUCUCGGAGGACGAGGGUGAGGGUGGCGUGGUUGUGAAGGCUGACUACUCCACGUUCCUUCAGGUUUUACUCGAUCCUGCCGACCAGCUCCGAUUCACACUCAAGGUGAAAGAGUUUGGAGGGUUUUUGGGCAAUCGCGAUGGAGAUGUCUGUGAUAUGAAGAAGCGACAGCCUCAGCUCGAUACUCUGUCGUGCUUCUUCUUGGUGGCGCAAAAUCGGCAGCACCGCGACAUCUUGACGCUGUUGAUUCGCAAGUUCCGCGCUCGUGUGCUUACCCCCGAACAAGAAGAACACGCGCGGAAUGACGAGCGAGAUCUGUACAUGGACCCUGCCUUUGCCGUCGCAGUGGCCCCACCUCCACCUCUGACUACCUUGAAAUCUGGAGGAUCUGCUUCGGGGGCCCUUUCUCCAGCUAGCAACUCAGCAAACGGAGGUGAGAAUGCUGUUGAUAAUUCAUUUGUCGAAGGCCGUCUGGCUGCGCAGGACAGAGAGAUUGCCAUGCUGCGUGAGAAGUUGGUGUCGAUGUCUGUUCUCCUCAAGACGGCGGAGCAGGAAACCAAGCAGGUCACGGCAUGUCUCGAGGUCAAGGACAACCGGAUCGAGCUUCAGCAGAUGAAAAUUCGGCAGCUUGAAAAAUUUCCCGGACAAUGCGACUCGCAAGCGCGUGAACUACAAACUUUGCGUGCGAAACUGGAAGAAGAGGAGAAGCGGCAUGCGGCCUGCCGAGACGAGUUGCAGCAGCUUUCAAGUGCCGUGUCGAAGCGUUCGUCGGAGAUGCACGACCAAGGUGUCCAAACGGAGGUGCAGUUCAUGGACGGAGACGCCUCUGCAGACGCUGCUGUCGGGUUUUCGCGCUCCGGGCUGGAGCGUGACACGUGGUUCGGGAGUGUUGCUACUGUGACUGCAGACGACUUGCAGCAGCAAAUAAAGAACCAGCAAUCGCAGAUUGCCCAGCUCAAGGAUGAUCAGGUGAAUCUGGUGGCCGAACGCAAUAUGUUCCGCGCCAAGUCAACGGAGUUGUCUAGAGAACUUCGCAAGCUCAUUGAGGCGAACAACAAUCGCUCGCUCGACGACCUUGAAGCGCAACUCGCAGAACGUAGCAGCUUACAAACGGAGCUUGCCAUGAUCAAGGCGGAGGCAAAGCGCUCGACAGACGAAGUGGCGGAGAUGAAGGAGAUGGUUGACCGAAUGAGUGACAAGGACAAGGGUGCUAAACGUCUCGCGGCCCAGAAUCUUGAGCUGCAGCGCACUGUGUACCAGCUGAAGGAUUCGCUGAGCGAGUCGAAGGAGCAAGUUGAUGCCGUCAAGAAAAUCAACAGCGCUCUUGCGUCGCGGCUCCAUCGGCUGCAGCCUGACACCCGGGGCAGUAUCGUCGAGGCUCCACCUACCUCUCCAUUGACAAGUAUCCCAUCCGAUGAUGAAGAUGAUGAAGACGACGACGACGAUGACGAAGAAGAGGAUGAAGAGCUACAGGACGGCAUUGCUGCUUUCCGAAGAUCUUUGGUUGGGCAGUAA